CAAAUUCAAACCAGAUCAGAACACUAUUUAAGGCUGGACAUAACACAGAAACCCCAGAGCUGAACUGUGAAGAGUGCCAAUCUGCAAGUAAAAACAACUAUGUUUCUUCCACUGCUCCUGCUCCUGUUCCCAGCUUUUCUUCAAGGACAGUCUAACGAUGGGACCUGUAGUCCAAACAUCUACACUGUGCUCAGUGAGUUGGAGGCCAAAGUGAACAAACUGGAGAAUCAGCUACAAGUCCGUCAGGUGGCUUUCUCAGCUGCUUUGCUGGCUUCAGGCGAGUCGACUACUGGACCAUUCAGCGAUUUUACAACUCUGAUCUACAAACAUGUUGUCACAAAUGUUGGGAAUGCCUACAACUCAGACACAGGUUUUUUCACUGCACCAGUGAAAGGCGCCUACCACUUUGAAUUUUACAGCACGGCUGUAGGAGGACACACAUCUGCUGUGUUGGUGAAAAAUGGAGGCAGAACUUUUGCUUUUGCUGAGGGUCAGGGCAAUGGUUUUGGGACUGGUUCCAAUGCAAUAACCCUAGUGUUAGAGGUUGGAGAUGUUGUUAGCAUAAAUCUGUGGCUAAACAGUGUAAUGUACGACAAUCAAAAUCACCAUAGCACCUUCAGUGGUCAUCUCCUUUUCACCAUGUGAGGGGAAAAGAUGUGUUCUUUUUCUUCUGUAAUACUUCUCACAGCUUUCCUUUGAUUAACCAGUUGACAUUAGAGAGAAGAGCAAAGAAGGGGAGAGGUUUAGCAAGAAAAAUACCUGCUGACACAAAUCAAACUGUGGAUGUUCCAGUUCUGUGUCAAUACAGAUUUCACUUGUACAUCUUAAAAUUCAUUGGAGUACGUUUACAAACUGAUAGUUUGAUGUCAUCAGCUGAUGAACAAGGAUUAUAUUUGUUAAUAAUUCUGAAUUCUCUCUUUUGUCCGACUGUUUAACUUCUACAUAAUCUAAGGCUGAAUGACAAAUCAUGGCAACAACACUGAGUAUGAACAUUUACUUUGCGGAAUUUUUAUUUUUUUUCCUCUCUCAAUUAUUGCAUAGAAAUAAAGAUCUGCUUGAGCAUA